ACUUUUGUCGUCGAGACAGUGGUUUAUAUUUACGUCUUCGUAUUUGAUGCAAUUCAAUGACUCUGUGACUUACAAAUAGCCUGUUAUAUGUUCUGGCAUAUCUAUUUUAAAAUUCGAGUUAAAAUAUGCCAAAAUACGGGUAAACUAGGACCUAAAUAGUAAGGAAUGCCUAUUCGAUGUGGACCAUGACAUAAAGAGAGGGAGACAAGUUCACACUUAUUAUGGAGCAUGUGAUUCCGGAGCAUCUGCGGCAACAGCAGCAACAGCAGCAACAGCAGCAACAGCAGCAACAGCAGCAACAGCAGCCGCAUCAAGAAACAGAACAGAAUCACCAAGAACAAUCAGGCACCCAGCAAGAGGAGCAGCAGCGACAACAACAACAACAACAACCACAACAGGAACAACAACAACAACAACAGCAGCAGCAACAGAACACUCAAGAACAGGGACCAGGGCAGGAGCAACAGCAGCAGCAGCAGCAGCCACAACAACAACCUCAACACCAGCAGCAGCAGCAGCAACAGCAACAACAACAACAACAACAACAGCAACCUCAACAGCAACCUGGCCAACGUCAGGGCGGAAACAACAACAACAACCCUAAUCCUAUCGUCAAUGUCAGAGAUCGAUUAUUCCACGCUCUCUUCUUCCGGAUCUCGUUGGCAUAUGCAAGAGCUGUGCCCCGCCCACUCAGACGAGCACUAGAGUUUACCAUUCUUAUCAAGGCGAUCGGAGCAUUACUGAUACUGGCUUACGUACAUGUCGCCUUCUCACGCACUCCCAUCAACUGCCUGGACUUGAUUCAGGAGACGUGGCCGCGUGACGGAAUCCUGCGCGUGCAGAUCGUGCGCAAUGGACACAACUUCAGCCUGGCGGAAUCCUACAAGCGGGAGCAGGAGAUCCGGGAGCGCGAACAGUUCCUCGACAUGCUAUACGAGAACGUCAGCUUCUACGACUCGGAGCUCAUCUUCGGCAUGACCGUUGACGCCGACGGUGUCGACGCCGCCGCGCACCCGCCGCAGACGCCCGCGGCGGAGGACAAGGGGGAGGAAUGGGAGGAGGGGCGAGGGAGGGACGUCUCCGCUGCGAUGGCGGCGGGUUCCACUGCGAAGCGCGAGGACCCAGCAGCUACCUGGCAAUCACACUGGGCACGUAGAUCAAAUCAAAGUGAAUGGCAAGAGUUUUACUAA